AUGGCGGACCCUCUGAGCAUCGCAGCUUCUAUGCUGGCUGUUAUUACAGCGGCCGUUGAGUCAGUCAAAUCGCUCCACAGCACCGUCAAGCGCUUCAAGGAUCGUGAUAAGACACUACGCAGACUUCGAACUGAGCUUGAGGACCUCACAAACAUCCUCGGUUCACUGGGAGAUGUAAUAAAUGCAGAAAUGCCAAUGUUGGCUCUGCUUCAAGGUCCUGUUGAGCGAUGCAACCAACUAUGUCGUGAAUUUGAACUGGCCAUGGAGAAUUUCGGUCGAAAGUCAACGACAGGCUUUCGUGAUUGGGCAAAGAUGGAGUUCAUGAGAGGCGACAUCAACGAAUUCAUUGAUAACAUUGCGGGAUACAAGUCAACUAUCAAUGUUGGAUUGGGUACUAUCACUAUUCAUUCCUCAAAAGUGACCGAACGGGUCCUGCGGGAGUACAAUGAAAUGGUACAGGACACGGCUUAUGACCUUGAUAUGCACCUGCAACGGAUUGACAAAAAACUGGCACUUCUAACUGCUCAAGACGAUAGCGCCUCCGAUGUGAGCGUAGAUCUGGAGGACGAGAGGGAGGUGACGAAGCAGUGUCUUCGCAUCUGUGAAGAUGCGAAAAAUUUCAUCGAAUCUUUAACACAAAGGGAGUCUGCUGUGCUGCAAGAGGUCCCGCGAAACGUCACCUUAGACGAUGUUGAGAAGCGCUUCGAAGCUCAGCUGCUGACACGCCAAACCUUGGAUGAAAACAGAGCUGGAUUUGCGGACAUCAUAAGCCGCCUUCAGGCACGGCUAAAUUCCCUAAUUACAAACGGGAACCGAAGCAGCGAGGAGCGAUUGGCACUGCAGGAAGAUAUCCAGAUCUCAAGACAAUGCCUAGAAGUGUGCAAUAUGGCCAAUGAAGUUUCUCGACAGAAAAUCUACCGGAUUGGAGAGGUGGUUGCAGAUGGUGACAGUGACCAGGUCGUGGUGAAUACGCUAGCUGACCUAUUUGAUAUUAAGAAAGCCCUGUCCAAAGAUACUUCGGCGCAAUUAGUCGGCUCAAUGACUGACGCGUCUCUUCAAAACCUGACCGACAAACGUUACAGCAGCCGCUUCGGCGCAGUUGACUCGAAAUCCACUGAGGUUGUCACUCGAAACUCUCCUUCCACACUUGCGACGCAGAAUGACAACCCUCCGGUUGGUAUUAUCGACGGGGGUCUCUCUCAACGAAUUGGAGCAAGGCGGAGUAAACCAUCUCCCAAUGAAAUGAGAAAACGCGGUGCCCCUGGUACGGCGAAGAGCGAUGAUGAGUAAUUCGAGACCCCCCAGCGUGUUACUCGAAGCCAAUCCACUCCUCUGUCAACUUAACUCUGGUUCUGAAGGGGGAAGGGACAUUCGGUCGCUAAAGCGACGAUGGCCAGUGGAUAGAAUAUUAUAUCGCAAGAUGGAGGGAUAUUCCAAAGCAGGUGUUUGAAGUAUGUCGAAAAGGGAGAAUCCG